AUGUUCCAACCUCUGACUGACUUCAGUCUUGAUUGCAUAGUUCCAACAGCUGUUCAGUGCUGGCUUACCAACGGGGACUUUAAAUAGAUUCUCCAGUCCGAUACUUCCACUGUGCUUCACUACGGCUGCAACUGCAGAAGAGAAAGGAAUAUUGCCACAAUGUCGGACCAGUCGCCUUUUGACGUUGAUGUGGAAACCAUGACUCGAUUUGUAAUGGAACAGGGAAGGAAAGCAAAGGGGACGGGGGAGUUCACUCAGCUUCUGAAUUCUCUGCUAACUGCAAUCAAGGCCAUCUCUUGUGCCGUGAGGAAGGCUGGUCUUGCCCAUAUGUAUGGAAUCGCAGGGACUGUGAAUGUGACAGGAGAUGAAGUCAAGAAGCUGGAUCUCUUGUCUAAUGACCUAGUCAUUAAUAUGCUAAGAUCAUCAUACAGUACAUGCAUACUAGUGUCGGAGGAGAACAAAGAAGCUAUAAUUGUGGAUCCAGAGAAGAGGGGGAAAUAUCUGGUGUGCUUCGACCCACUGGAUGGUUCUUCGAACAUCGAUUGCCUUGCACCUAUUGGGACCAUUUUUGGUAUCCACAGGAAGGACUCUUUAGAGAAUCCUACUGAGCGUGAUGCUCUUGAGCCGGGGAGGAACAUGGUGGCUGCCGGAUACGCACUCUACGGCAGUGCUACUCUGGUAGCGCUCUCCACAGGACAAGGUGUCAACUUCUUCAUGUUAGACCCAGCUAUAGGUGAAUUUAUUCUUGUGGAACAGAAUGUGAAAAUAAAGAAGAAAGGAGUUAUAUACAGUCUGAAUGAGGGCUAUGCCAAAUACUUUGAUCCUGCACUCACGGAAUACAUCCAGAGGAAAAAAUUUCCUGAGGAUGGCUCUGCUCCAUACAGUGCAAGGUAUGUUGGAUCUAUGGUGGCAGAUGUCCAUCGUACCUUGAAGUAUGGAGGAAUCUUCAUGUAUCCUGCCAGUAAGAAAACUCCAAAAGGAAAGCUUCGCCUUCUGUAUGAGUGCAACCCAAUGGCCUUUAUCAUGGAACAAGCUGGUGGCAUAGCCACUACUGGAACCCAGCCAGUGCUUGACGUGAAGCCAGAAUCUAUUCAUCAACGAGUUCCACUCAUUAUGGGAUCACCUGAUGAUGUUGAGGAAUUUCUCUCCUUUGUAAAGAAACACCAAACUUCUGCAUGAACUGUCAAAUCUUAUCAGUUAUGCAUCUUAUAAAUCUGUCAAAAAGAGCUGGAUGCUGUUUAAUUAAAGGGAAUUGUAUUUAAUAUUGGCAUAAGAAAAUGACUU